ACGAUACAGAAUAUUUAGGAUAACUUCAAUGAUGAAUUACAUAUUACCUAUUACGUGACAGUCUAGACAAGGAACACUGAUGACCGCAACCUUGCAGAGUUUUCCGGCUGUUCCGGUCGCAGUCUUUUAUAUGACCUAAAUUGAAAUGAUAUUACAGUGCAGUCAUUAAUUAAAACAAUUGGCGUGGUUGUCAUUACUUCGCGGGAGACUGGCGUACAUGAGACUAGCCACCACCCAACUACAGCCGUAGUCUUUGUGCAUUGGCAGUUCCAUAACUAAUGCUCUUUGAACCGGUCGCUUCAGAGUUAGUCUUAUGGACUCUGUUCGUACACACGUGCGCCUUGUAGUGGAAUAUGAAUGUGAGUGCGGUAUAUGUAUGAAAUCUGUGUAAAAUCUAAGUGAACGCUUAAAUAUUUUUCUUCAAAAUAUCAAAAGGAUUUUUCAAUUUUUUUUUUUUUUUUUGAAAAAAACUAUGUAUAUAAUCAAGGCUUUUGUGUCAUCGUUGUUGUUGGUGUUUUUGUCUUUAGCGCCUUCAACUCUAUUAGCUAACUUACAGAUGGUAAACGAGUGGACUACACUCAGGUACGAUAUACCAUUCAACUAUCCCAAUGCAGAGGAGUUUAAGUCUGACGUCGCCAUACCAACUGGAUUUGAAAUCGGUUGGGAUAGAGUAUUCUUAACUACUCCUAGGCUUUUCAACGGCAACCCAGCUACUCUUGCAUGGAUACCUCGAAAUAGGGUCGGGAUAGCUUUUGAUACCCAUAAAUCACCUUUGUUACAGGCGUAUCCAAAUUGGGACUGGCACAGUGAAGCGGCCAGUGAUAGUUUAUUGAAUUCUCCCAGGCCUAACUGUUCUGGUUUAGUGUCUGUGUUCAGGGUAAGAGCGGACAGAUGUAACAGGUUGUGGGUAUUAGAUAGCGGUGUGAUGGAUAGCUUGGAAACUUUCAGUACAGUGUGUCCUCCAAAACUAAUGGUUUUCGAUAUGCGAACAGACCGUAUGAUCAGAAGUGUGAUAUUACCCCCUGAAAUUUUGAGGAAAAAUACUCUUUUGACCAAUUUGGUGAUUGAUGAUCAAACUGAAAUAUCACAUCUUCAAGAUGGUUUCCUUGGAGACUGUGACAAUGUUUUUGUUUACAUGUCGGAUAGUACUAACCCUGCUAUCUUAGUAUAUGAUGCCAGAAGAGAUACUGCUUGGAGAUUAUCGCAUCCAUACAUGUUUCCUGAUCCUGACUUUGGAAUUUUCAACGUAGCUGGUGAACCUUUUACUCUUAUGGAUGGAAUAAUUGGUUUAGCAUUAUCUCCUAUUGGUUCAGCAGGUCGUCGUUUAUAUUUCCAACCAUUUGCUUCAGACCGUCUAUUCUCUAUACCAACUUCAGCACUUAAGGCAGGUCCCAACUUGGGUGAUGAUGCUGACCUACCUGUUUCCUUAGUAGGCCAUAAGUCAUCACAAGCUGCACCUCUAACCGUUGAUCCAAAGGAUGGUGCUCUUAUUUUUAGUCCAGUAUCUGAGACAGCCAUUGCCAGUUGGGUUCCUGGAUCCGUAGAACAUGGUGUGUUGGCGUAUAGUCCGGAAGAGCUUCAAUAUGUAUUAGAUAUUAGAUCAGCUGAUCGAGAUCAGAGUGCUAUUUGGUUAAUAUCGACGAGGCUUCAAAAGUUUGUCAGGAAAACUUUAGAUAAACGGGAAGUUAACAUUAGGCUAAUGAGAAUAACACGAACGCCGGAUAUCCCAUAUGGAUUCAAUAACAAUAAUUCUCUGUUGUUGUUUAAAUGAUCUUUAUCACGUGCCACUAAAAAAAUUCUUCGCUUAAUUUAUUGCUGUUUCAUUUAAUUUCAAAUAAUGAUAAAUGGUACCUGAUAAGUUUUAAUUCAAACGAUACCAAUAGCAAAUGCCAUUAUUAUUUAUUAUUAAAUAAGUUUAGUUUGUUCAAAUGAGAUGUUAUAUGAUUUAGCUUUUUUUAAUAAAAUUGAGUCAAAAAAAAUAAAUAUUAUAAAUAUUUUAGAAGAAUGUGAUGUAGUAAAAUACAAUUUUAAGAAUAAUAUCAAU